AUGGACAUUGCAUGUGGAAGGUGCCUGAUGACCCCGAUGGAGACCCUGUCCAUCACUUACUGUGACAUUUCACAGUCAGACCUGAAUUACUUCUCUGAGUGUCCGAAGCUCUUCCAGCUGAAACAUCUGGACAUGAAAGGUGUGGGCUUAAAGGCUUUGGAUCUUACGCCUCUCCGAGUCCUCCUAGAGAAUGUGGCAGACACUUUGCAGUCCCUGGACAUGAAGUGUUGUAAGAUGAAGGACUCUCAUCUCGCUGUGCUCAUACCUGCCCUCAGCAAGUGCUCCCAGCUGGCCAAGGUCAGUUUCUAUUGCAAUGAUUUCUCCAUGCCCAUCCUGAGGAACCUUUUGCAGCACACAGCCAACUGGAGCAAGAUGAAUGUGGAACAGUACCCUGCCCCUCUCGAGUACUAUGACGACUUCGGUUAUGUCUCCACAGAGAGAUUUACCCAACUCUGUGCUGAGCAAGUAGAUAGACUCAGGGCCAUAAGGCGGCCCAAGAGCAUCUCCUUUGCUACACAUAUGUGCCCUAGAUGUGGAGAGUGCUGUGUCUAUGGCCGAAGAUUCAGACCUUGUCUUUGCCAGAGGAGGCGGCAGUAA